CUCAGCCCUCUACUACCCUUCUGCUACACAGUUCUCAUGAGGAAAUAAUGGAAGGAGACAAGGAGCCAAUAUACUGUUACACACCACACAACUUCACCCGCGACCAAGCCUUGUAUGCCAGAGGAUAUUGUUGGACAGAACUAAAAGAUGCCUUGCCAGGAGUUGAUGCCAACCAUUGGCCCUCCUUGUUUGAGCAUAAGUUCCUUCCUUAUGCACUGCUAGCUUUUGCUGGUAUAAUGUACAUUCCAGCUCUUGGCUGGGAGUUUCUGGCCUCCACCAGACUGACUUCAGAGCUUAAUUUUUUGCUUCAGGAGAUUGAUAACUGCUACCACCGUGCAGCAGAAGGGCGUGCACCAAAAAUAGAGAAACAAAUUCAAUCCAAAGGCCCAGGAAUCACGGAGAGAGAGAAGAGAGAGAUCAUUGAGAAUGCAGAGAAGGAAAAAAGCCCAGAGCAGAACUUGUUUGAAAAAUACCUGGAAAGAAGAGGGAGAAGUAACUUUUUAGCUAAACUUUAUCUUGCAAGACAUUUAUUUAUAAUAUUUUUAAGCAUUAUACCCAUCACAUAUUUAUCCACCUACUAUGCUAGCCAGAAGCAAAAUGAGUUUACGUGUGCACUAGGGGAACCUCCGGACAAAACAAGCAACUCCAAAUUGCACAUCCGAGUGAACUGUAAACUGCCAUCGGUCCAGCUCCAGCGUAUAAUUGCUGGAGUGGACAUUGUCCUCCUCUGCUUUAUGAACUUGAUCAUUCUUAUCAACUUAAUUCACCUCUUCAUAUUCCGCAAGUCCAACUUCAUAUUUGAUAAAUUGAACAAGGUGGGGAUAAAGACCAAAAAACAGUGGCAGAAGUCUCAAUUUUGUGAUAUCAAUAUUCUAGCUAUGUUUUGCAAUGAAAAUCGGGACCAUAUAAAAUCACUGAACCGCCUGGAUUUUAUUACAAAUGAAAGUGAUCUGAUGUAUGACAAUGUGGUACGCCAGUUGCUUGCAGCCUUGGCUCAGUCGAACCAUGAUGCUACACCAACGAUGCGUGAUUCAGGGAUUCAAACAAUAGACCCCAGUAUUGAUCCAGCAGACAUUGAUGCCAAUGAACAGCUCAUCAUUAAGAGACCUAGAAAGAAAAUGAAAUGGAUUCCAAGUAGCAAUCCACUCCCUCAGCCAUUCAAGGAGCAGUUAGCCAUUAUGAAAGUUGAAAACCACAAGCCUGAAAAGCCUAAGCCAGUGCGCAGAAAAACAGCAACUGACAGUCUUAUAGCUCCUCUGCUAGAGUCCACAGCAAAAUCCUCACAGCAAUCAUCAUCUCAGAAAACUGAGCCAAAUACCAUCUCUGGUGCAAAUAAUGAAAAAAAGCAUACCCGCCACUUUUCCCUGGACGUCCAUCCAUAUAUACUUAGUAGUAAAAAACCCAAACCAGAGAUUCAAGCCAUUGCCUCAAUGCCUACAUCCAAUAGUCAAGAGGGUGGAUUUUUAAACCAAGAAGAAAAUGUCAUAGUACAUGUCACCUCUUCUCUCAAAGACCCACAUCCUGAAAAAGAUGCUCUGUACUCAUCUGAGACAUGCAGAACUGUACCUGCUGCAGGGGUGUUUCUCACCUGUAACCACAAACAUAUAGCAACAAGUGCUGCUGCAACAAAUGUAACUCUGAGCCAGGCCAAAUCAGAGCCAACACCUGCACUAAACUGUAAUGCUGCUCACCCUCUGCUGCACAUCAAUACACUGUAUGAAGAUCAUGAGGAAGAGGUUUCAAACCUUAUAGACGAUGGUAUUCACUCAUCAACUGAACCCAGGGAAAUACUCUCCAUACCAACCCCAAAACAGAGAAUGAUAGCAACGUUUGAUGAACCAAUGGCAAUAGUGAGCUCUGUGGAGUACUAAAGAGACUGCGCGGCACAGCUGUACCCUGAUGGUUAGGUCUAGCACCACUGUAAGUUAGACCUUGCUAUCCACAACAAUGCAAUUUACUGCAUGAGCAUGGAGAGUUUUAAUACAAACUAUAAGCUUUGGUAAUACUUCAGAUGUUUUCCAGGGUCACAUCAUCACACUGUCAGUAGCGUACAAAACAGAAGAAUAAUAAAUCCAGAUGGAAAUACACCUUUACUGUCAACCCCCUCCCCACUGCCAUGUGACACAAAAUUGUAGCUUCCUGAGCGCCACAUGGUCCAGACAACUUCUGAAAUAUUAAUUCAGUGACACAUGCAGCAAUUUUUUAUAGAGUGCUUAUAUCCCCUGUAGUUGACAAUCGCGAAUUCAAGUUAAACAAACAAAGGUAAGGUGUAUAUUCCAUUUUAAUGGCAGGAGUUGAGAGUAUCAACUAAUAAGAGGAAAAUGUCAGGGGAAUGUUUCUCAAGAAACAGGAACAAUCUGCAGACAAGCUUUUCAUUUUUGUUUUUUUGGCUCACUAAUGCUGGACUUGAUGGAAAUUUAGGUUGAGGGGCCUAUUAACACCAGUGGUUAGUGCAAAAGAAAUUGAAAUUCUUCAAUUUCUUGUAUGCCUGAAUGAGAAAUUCCCUGCCCUUUAACAAGCUUAUAUGUUUGAUGGAAGAUGAUAAAAUGAAGAGUUUAUUUUUUUAAAUAUAUUUUACCAUAAAAAUUACUUUGUAGCUUUUC